AUGGCUUUUACCUUGGAGGAGAGGCAGCAGUUGAAUAUUCAUGGAUUACUGCCACCUUGCUUUCUUGGACAAGAUGCCCAAAUUUAUGGUAUUCUUAAGAAUUUUGAAAGGCUGACAUCUGACCUAGACAGAUAUAUUCUGCUAAUGGGUCUUCAGGAUCGAAAUGAAAAGCUUUUCUAUAAAGUGCUGACUUCUGACAUUGAAAGGUUCAUGCCUAUUGUUUAUACUCCCACCGUGGGACUGGCUUGCCAGCAAUAUGGUUUAGCAUUUCGGAGGCCAAGAGGUCUUUUUAUUACUAUUCAUGACCGGGGACACAUCGCUACGAUGCUUAAAUCCUGGCCAGAAAAUAUCAUCAAGGCUAUUGUGGUGACAGAUGGAGAACGUAUUCUUGGUCUUGGAGACCUUGGCUGUUAUGGAAUGGGCAUCCCAGUUGGUAAACUGGCACUUUAUACGGCAUGUGGAGGAGUAAAACCUCACGAGUGUCUACCAGUGAUGUUGGACGUGGGAACAGAUAAUGAGACAUUGCUGAAAGAUCCUUUAUAUAUUGGGCUGAGGCACAAGAGAAUCAGAGGUCAAGCCUACAAUGAUCUUCUUGAUGAAUUCAUGGAAGCUGUGACUUCAAGGUAUGGCAUGAACUGCCUCAUUCAGUUUGAGGAUUUUGCUAAUGCUAAUGCAUUCCACCUCCUGCAUAAGUACCGUAACAAGUAUUGCACUUUCAAUGAUGACAUUCAAGAUUUAAUUCUUUUUAACAGUAACAUGGGAAAUGAUACAUUCGGAACUUGGAAAUCGCAGUUCUUGAAAUCAAAUUGUAAAGAUUUGGUGGCUGUUGCUGUGGUUGUGAUGGGCAUGGGGCUUCCAAUCCAUUCCCUGAUCCAGAAUUUGAAAAACGCAAAGUUGAAUGAGAUGUAA